GGGGGCGACACGACGGCGCUGCGGCGCGCGCUCGAGUGGGAGCUGAGCCUGGACUCGCGCGACCUGCGCUCGCACGCGUGGUACCACGGCGCCAUCCCGCGGCAGCGCGCCGAGGACAUCGUGGAGGGCGACGGCGACUUCCUGGUGCGCGACUGCGCCUCGCAGCCGGGCAACUUCGUGCUCACCUGCCGCUCCCGGGGCCUGCCGCUGCACUUCGUCAUCAACAAGGUGAGGGCGCGCACGCGCUGCGGGGUCGCUCCGAUUGAUUCAUUGACUGAUUAGUGUUCCCG